AUGGUAUCUUCACAGUUCCUGUGCUACGACAUACUCUCCAAGGUGUUCGAACACCUCGAGCCUGGCUGCAUACCCGUCUUCGACGAGUUCCCCGCCAUCGUUUCUGAACGGCAACACCGUCAGUAUACGCUGGCCGUGUCCGCGCGUGUCUGCAGUGCGUUCACCGCACCCGCUUUGGAUCUGCUAUGGCGUCACGCACACCACUUCGUAUACCUCCUCCGCCUCUUUCCCACGUACUCGGACACAGAAGAGUGUUUCGUUGGUGCGAUCGGCGACAAAGAUUGGCAGCGUUUCCAAGAAUACGCCUCACGCAUACGAAGCAUUAACGCGAACUUCUGCAAGAGUAUUGGCGCACCACAUCAAGAGCAAGUAUGGAUGGUUUUACUCCAGAGGUCCCAGGGGUCGCCUUUGCUUCCACGCUUGGAAGACUUGACCAUCGACGUCUCUCUCGGGGGGUUGAUAUCAUUUCUAGCCCCCUCUGUUGAUAGUCUGAACGUAGGCCUCCCCAUUCCAUGGGGGAAUGCGGGAGCAGGCACUUUGCUGGCUGACACCGUCCGCCCCCAUCUCUCCCACGUCAGGACGUUGGAGUUAAACGAAUACUUUUCCCCAGGGCCAGGGCCGCGUCGCAGCAUAGCCAUACCCAAAUUCAUUGACUUUUGCGCGUUAACUCACCUGGAGUCGCUCGAGGUCGUCCACCCGGUGAUUGCUCGGCGAUCGAUGAUACAGGCGCUCAUGACCUUCCCCAACCUCCGCUACCUCUCCCUCGUCUUCGAGCUCUGUUGGGACGAGCGACAUUCCUUGGAAGCGUCCGCCUUUCCUCCAGGCUUCUUCGAGCUUCGAGAGCUUGACUUGACGGCCUCUUAUGACGACCUCGCUCUGUUCCUGGAAGUCACCAAUCCGCCACGGCUUGACAUACUAGCUCUCGCACGGGAGCUCGAGUGGAACGAAUAUUCCAGGUUCGAAGAUCUACCCCGGGCUUAUGCCAAAAUACCACCCCAACUCAGCGACCUCCGUCUCCGCUACCGCGUAUUGCCAGAAAAUUCCAACGUUCCCGGUGAACUAUACACCGAGCCUCAGCUCACGCUCUCGCGUGUGCUGCCGCCCUCUGUCUACGCUCUCCAUGACCUACGCGAGGUCUUCCUCCAGUUCGCGAACGUCACGCGUACCCUGGAGAACGACGAGCUUGCUGCACUGUGCUCCGCCUGGCCCGCGCUCGAGGACUUCGAGUUCGACGGCCUGCUCUACUACAAUGACGAUGCCACCAGGUUGCCCACGCUCGACACGCUCCUCGCCUUCGCGCGUGCCCACCCAUGCCUCAGGCGCCUUACGCUCCCUGGGCUCAACCCGAAGGGGAUCCCGGACAGGAUCGAGCUCCUUAGCGCGGGGGCACUGCGGGAUUGGCCGGGGCAUGGGCUCCGCCUGUUCCGGCUGAAGACGUAUAUGGUGGGCACGCCCCUCGUGUCGCUGGCCUACGCGGUGGACCGCGCCUUCCCAGCGCUGGACCUUGGGCCUGUUCGCGCAGCUAAGAUCGGAAGCAAUGGAGACCCAACGGACCUCCUCCUAGCGCCUCUUCUUGCCUUCCAGAUGUCACGGACGUUGGGCACUACUGUUUGAAUGGCCAGCGCAUCCAGUACGCCCAGGACAUAUACUGCUAAUGGUUGUCAUGUCUUUCAUCCUUGAGUGGUGUACA